AUCGCGAAAUCUGCUCACUAGCUGAGGACAUCGUUAAGUCGACUGGCUGACGUUUACUCGCAGCACAGGGACGUUCCGGCAGCUCUCUCUUGCUCCUUUUUUUCCUGACUGCUUCAUCGGGCAGCAGCAAACCAGCGUUAUCAACAUUGAGGCUUAUGACAGUGCUUUCACACUCUUUGCCGUUGGUUUACUUACUAGUUAAAGGGGCUGUGAUGCUUCAGUUUUCAUGGAUGACAGCAAUGGUAACAAAAGGCAUUCAAUUGAGAGGCAAGCUGUACCUAAUAGAUCCUUAAGAGGCUUCGAUGAAAAAAGGCCUAGAAAUGGCUUGUCCAGGGGUGGUCUACUAAAAAGAUGUUUCUUCAAGUGCCCUUGUCUAAUCAUCUCAAGGGGAACACAGCAUCGGGAAAAAUAGCUAUGAUUCUUUCAAAAUCGCCUCUGCAACUUCUAGGAACAGGGCAGCCAGAGCCAUGUUCACCAUCUGAUUUCCUCAUUGACGGGAACACAGCAUCGGGAAAAAUAGCUAUGAUUCUUUCAAAAUCGCCUCUGCAACUUCUAGGAACAGGGCAGCCAGACCCAUGUUCACCAUCUGAUUUCCUCAUUAACGUAAGAAGAAAUUGUCAGGAUAACAACCCGGGAGAGGACUCCUCUUCUCUGAUCAACAAUUGAUGGCUGAUGAGAAGACAGCAAGAAAUGUCCGAGCUUACCCAUAGGAUGAUGAAUUGACCUUUUAGAAUAGACUUUGUCAGGGUUAUGGUGAAGAUGUCUGCACCAAGUGCAUGCGUUGACCGGAUCUCAAGGUCAGGUCCUAACAAACUGUUUCAUGCCUCUCUGCAGCUCUUAAAUAACAGUCCCAUUAUCUCAGUGUGACUCUGGAGAUUUUCACAUUCUUUCAUUGGUUGCAUAUACAAGCUAAACUGAAAUGCAUGCCAGUCUCAGUUGAGAAGCAAUAUCAGUGAGUUGAGCAGCAAUCAGCAAGUUAUGGACUAGACCAUGAAUUUGUUUAAGGAGUUCUGAUACUGGAAGACAGAUGCUGUUUACAAUAUUGUUAUAAAGUAGAAGGUGACAUUCUGCUCCUAAAGCUUUCCUCUUUCUAAAUGUUAGUUAAGUGAUAGAUUUUAGGAGCAUUAAGAAGUCUAGAAAUUUGACUGAAAUUAUACUAACAUACACUGAUACACAUGAACCUUGGAAGGUUGCACAAAAUUGAAGCGUGGAUUGCAUACGUAUAGCAUACAAGGAAUGAUCAAAUAUAAACCACUGGAUGGAUA